AUCGCAAUUUUUUGGCACGUCACAGCCGCGUCAUCAUGUCUCCGUGUCUGCUUUUAUCACUUUGGAAUUAAUUUGUUCAACAGUAUCAUACCUUAUCGACAACUUUAUAUGUGAACUAUAAAUUUUGGGCGGUUUUUCAUUUAGAGGCUUAAGAUGGAAAUUUUGAGUCAAGUGUCUAACACGCAGUUUAUGUUCACCGCUGCGGCUGUGGCUGUUGUUUUAGUAUGCGCAGCUCUCGUAUUUGUCUUCGGGUUCCGCUCAGCAGAACAGCCGCAGUUUGAUAAACUGCCUCUGGUAUUGGACGACAGAAAAUCGUCCAACAAGAAGAACAAAAAGAAGGACAAGAAGUCUUCACCCAACCGCGUAGUGACUGAUGAUGUGAAGACAAAGUCUGAAAGCUCCAAAAAGUCUCCAAGCAAGGAGAAGAAGGAGGAAAAAGUGAAAGAAGCAGAGAAGCCCAAGCCCAAGGAAAGACCCGCUGAGCCCAAACCUGUGAAGAAAGAGACAGGAGCCGGUGAUGCCAAGAAGAGUAAGAAAAACAAGAUUGUAGUUGAGGUUGAGAAGCCUGCUGAUUUUGAUGAUGGAGGCUGGCAAGAAGUGCCAAAGAAAAGUGACAAAAAGAAGGAACGCAAGCCAGUUGAGGAGAAGGACAAGAAGAAGGAAAGUCCUGCUAAGAAGAAUAAAAAGGUGAAAGAUGCUGAUGUUGAGGCUGCCAGACCGGUGGAGGAGCCUGCUGAGGAAACUAUUAAGGUCAUCAGUGCUGAAGGCCCACAUGUGGAUGAGGAUGCAGCCCGUGCCCUGCAAGCUCAAGUGGAAGAGCUCCAGCGUGUACUGAAAGAGGCAGAGCGUCGUGAGCAGGCUGCCCUUGGUGGUGUGGAGGAUGAGGAGUCCCCUGAAGUAGAGGAGCUGACUGAUGUUAAAGAUCUCCGUAGCAACAAGAAAAAGGAAAACAAGGAAAAACAAAUUAGGAAGAAAUCUGUAGAGAUUUCCGCAGCCAAGAGUGUCCCGAAACAAGAGUCUGUGGAGAAGGACACCUCCGACUCUGAGAAACAAGACAGCCAAAAUGCUUUGGCCUUUGAUGAGUUAGGCGACACUUGGACCGACGCGAAAGUGUCCAAAAAGAGCAAAAAGAAGGCUCGCAAAGACCAGUGAAGGGUGAGUUGUAGAAACAGGGUCCAGCUGGGCACUCCGCCCCGUUGCUAGCUCAAUGCCACUCACCCCUGAUAAAAUUAUCUACCUGUAGCUGCUAACAUACUCGAAGUGAACAUGCUAUUCUGUUGCCAUUCAUACAAACCUCAAGUUUAAAGUCUAAAUUACCACUCAGUUCAGGGUUGUAGUUUUACAGGGUGUGAAAGUUGUUUAUAUUUUAAGUUUUAAUACCUUAACUUUCUUACACAUUCAGUUAACUUUCGUCCAUGUUUUUAGUUUCAUAUUUUAUUGUACAUUUAGCUCGUUGACUUGUUUUCAUAAUAAUUUAAUUAUUGUUUUCAAUAAUAGAGCAUAAUAUUUUUUUAUGAGUCAUAAUUCAUUAUGUAUUUGGAGAACUUUAAUGUGAAUUUUGGGAAUCUGCAAUAUGUUCCGUGUUAUGUAUUUACUUUGUUACUAUGUGAGGAAUGCGAUUUAAUUAAUGGGGGCUCGUAUUCUGAGGAACACAGUUGUUACCUGCGCGCGCGAUACUUAAGUACUAGGUUAUCCAGAAGGAUAUCAACAUCCGAUUUACAACGAAAUUAUUCUAUGUAUCUACGAAAUCUUUCGGUAUCUUUCCCUAAUAUGUUAUUCAUGCAGACAAUCUGCCACAUUAUGUUUUCAAAAAUAUUUUUAACUUUUUCUUCCAUCGCGCGCGUGUUGUAUUAUAUACUCUAUCUAUUUCCAUACUUACGUAGACCUAUAUUGUACCUCUAGUUGUAGAACUGUAUAUCCGGUAAUAAUAUAUUUGAGAUCUUCUGGUGCUUGUAGUAAAUAAGUCUUUUCUCCUUUCAUUCCAUUUGUGUGCAUUUCAUCCUUCCGUAAUAGUUGUCCGUAGAUGUCAUUCCUGCUAAAUAUUUUAAUAUAAAAUUACUUUGACGAUGUCAUCUCGUUUAUGUAAUUUAGUUGAACACCAACUAAUUAUUUUAUGUCAAUAAUCAGUGUUGUGAUUUACCCAUGACAAAAUAUGUGAUGAGACCUGAAUUGGACCAAUCCGAGUAAAUACGCGGUUUUACGUCGUAACGUCUUAUAUAAUUAUAUUUAAAUUAUAAAUGAUUAAUUGGUUUUGUGUUUCUGCGUCGUAGUAGAGUAAUAUAUAAUGUUAAUUAUUCCGUUUACAAUACAAAUUUAGAUAUUGUGGAUAUCUUCCGUCCGGACCUAAUGUGCUUUCUCUUAAAGUUUAGCACAAUCGACAUGAUUUGAUUCCUUUAUUUAUGAUGUCAUUAAAUAAAACAAUAUUACAUAUCCAUGUUGCUAAAGUUAAAGCAAAUAUUUAUAUCCUAUUGUAAAAUAUAGCAGUCUCAGAUUGUUACAAUUUGUAACAAUUACUAUUUUAUUGCAGAUUCCUAUUUUGUAAACCUAGUUUUAAGAAUAAUUCUAGUGUAGCGCUGCUAAACAAUCAUUUAAAAAUUUGAAAUGUCUUUAAAUGCAAAUAAUUUAUUAUUACUUUUAAAUAAUAGGAUAAAAUGCGAGAAUGUUACAAUGUGGUUAGAAAUUUGUUGCUAACAAAGACAAAAUCUGUGUAAACACAAGAAUAAUAGUCUCAGUACUCGUUUGUCUUGGACUUGGGCUGUGAAAUGUUUCAUUGGCACAUACAGCGUUCAUGACGUACAUGUACAUACGUCGAUGUAUCUGAAUGAAAUUAUAUCUCGCGAGUGAUCUUGUAUCUCCAUUUCAUCUACCUGUAUAAUUUAUUUAUUUUGCAUGUUGUUGAUAUUACCCUGUGAUAUCUACUAGUUCCAGGGCAAGGGUCUGUAGUAUUUCGUUGCAAUAGCUAGACGUUAGUGUUCUUACUACGACUUCUCUAGCACUUGAACUUACCAUUCAUUUUGUUAUUCUAUAUUUAAGCAUAUCGUAGGAGAUUUUUUUCCAGUUGUGGUUCCAUAUCUAUUUGCGUUUCUUUUUAGUCUAAUUCUAUUCUGUACUUAGGGCCUACAUUUAUAAGAAUUUAUCAUCUAGUGAGCUGUCGAAGAUGAAUUAAAUUCGUAUAUCGAUAUAGGUAUAACUAUAAUGAUGUAAAGAUAUUUUUGGCUUCAUAUUCAUAAAGUAGUUUGUAGUGACGGGAUCCCGCGCCUGCGCGAGCCAGGUGUGGACAAUGCCAACGUAUAGAGACACUGUAUCUUGAUAAUGUUGUUGUUUUAUAGGCUCUAAAGUAAUUAAUAUAAUGAAUGUGUAAUAUAAAUAUUUUUUUAAAUCAAUAAAGAGUGAUAU